AUGGCGUCACUAGAAUUGCUAACGCCACAUUUAUCAAAAAUCAAAUUACCGGCGCCACAACAAUUAGUGUACAAAGAUGAAUGUGUUUAUUCAUUUGACAAUCCGGAAUCUGAAACUGGCCUCUAUGUAUCACUUACGUCGUUUCUUGGCUUCGGUCGCAACUACGUGGAGCAGUACUUCCAAAAGACAGGCAAUGCUGUGUUCCUUCACAUACAGAGAGAAAAGAUACCCGUCCCAGAACCAGAGACAACUGGCGAUGGCCCAGAAAAGAAGAUCACUCGGCUGGCCAUUGGUGUGGAAGGCGGAUUUGAACCGGAUAGCGGCAAACCCAAAUACACCUUUACAGACCAUUACAGUGUUGUGGUGUUGCCAGGAUUCCACACAUACCCUUGGCCUAAUCCUGCACUUCCUGAAGUGGUAACGAAAUCCGUCCAAGCCGUUAUUGAUGCAGAAUCGCCUUUCAAAAUUGCCGAGAUGGCAGCCCUACAUGGCACUUGGGAUGGCGAGACAAGAGAAGUGUCUGUACAUGCACUUAACUUGAAACAAUUAGACAAUGGCGUCAAAAUACCUCCUUCUGGUUGGAAAUGCGCUAAAUGCGACCUGACCAACAAUCUGUGGUUGAAUUUGACAGACGGCUCUAUUUUAUGCGGCAGAAGAUUCUUUGAUGGCUCUGGAGGCAAUGAUCAUGCCGUUGAGCACUACCGUGCUACAGGAUAUCCAUUAGCAGUGAAACUGGGAACUAUUACAGCUGAUGGGAAAGGUGAUGUUUUCUCAUAUGCAGAGGAUGACAUGGUGGAAGACCCUUACCUGGCUGAUCAUUUGAAACAUUUUGGAAUUAAUGUGCAGCAGUUGCAGAAGACGGAAAAAUCGAUGGUAGAGUUGGAAUUGGAGCUAAAUCAACGAACUGGUGAAUGGAACACCCUGCAAGAAUCCGGCAGCGAUCUGCGUCCCCUUCACGGGCCCGCCCUCACCGGCCUCAACAACCUGGGCAACACGUGCUACAUCAACAGCGUCGUACAGGUUAUGUUUAGGAUGCCAGACUUCAUCCGAAGAUAUGUUGAAGGCGCUCCGGAAAUAUUCUCUACGUUUCCCGAAGAUCCAGUCAAUGAUUUCAACGUUCAGACUGCAAAGCUGGGUGUGGGCUUGGUGUCGGGCCGCUACUCGUUCCCGGAGUCGGACGGUGCGCAGCGUGGCGUGUCCCCGCACAUGUUCCGGCAGCUGGUGGGCCGCGGGCACCCCGAGUUCAUGAGCAAGCGCCAGCAGGACGCACACGAGUUCUACCUGCAUCUGCUCACGCUCAUCGAGCGGAACAGUCGGCACCGCGCCAACCCGGCUGACUGCCUGCGCUUCGCGGUGGAGGAGCGGCUGCAGUGCGGGGAGUCGGGUGGCGUGCGCUACUCGCGGCGCGCCGAGCACCACCUGCCGCUGCCAGUGCCGCUGGCGCGUGCCACCAACCAGCCGCAGCUGCGCGCCUACGAGCAGCGCCGCGCGCACGUCGAGGCCAGCGGACAGCGCCUGGACCCAUCACAGAUAGUUCGGCCACAAAUUCCCUUCGAAGCUUGUCUCGAAAGCUUCAUGAGGGAAGAGACCUUAGAGCAAUUCUUUAGCAGCGCUGUCAACAAGAAAGUAAACGCAACUAAAAUAACCCGGCUGGCAACAUUCCCUGACUACUUACUGAUCCAGCUGAAGAAAUUCACCAUUAAAGAGGACUGGACGCCGGCUAAGCUCGACGUCGCGGUAGACAUGCCUUGGGAGGUGGACCUCAGCUGCUUACGAGGCCGUGGACUGCAGCCCGAGGAGACGCAGCUGCCCGAGGCGGCUCCUGAAGUGCCUCCGCCGGUGUUCAACGAGGCUUUACUGACGCAGUUGUUGGACAUGGGUUUCCCGUUGGAAGCGUGCAAGAAGGCGCUAUACUAUACGAACAAUUCAGGCAUGGAAGCUGCCUCUAACUGGUUGAUGGAGCAUAUGACAGACUGGGACUUCGCUAAUAAAUUCGAACCACCAGGUUCACAAUCCACUGAUGGCGCCAGCGGGCCAGUGGACGAGACUAAUGUGCAGAGCAUCAUCAGCAUGGGUUUCACUCGUGCUCAAGCCGAGCGCGCGCUGCGGGCCACCGGUGGCGACGUGGGGCGCGCGCUUGACUGGAUCUUCAGCCGCGCCGACCAGCUCGACGCCGAGCAGGCGCCCGCGCAGCCCGCCCAACCCGACCGCACGCUCGGUUGCCGCGACGGACCCGAGAAGUACAAAUUGGUGGCGUUCAUAUCGCAUAUGGGCACGUCGACCAUGGUCGGCCAUUACGUGUGUCACGUGUUGCACGAAGGACGCUGGGUCAUAUUUAACGACAAUAAGGUUGCUCUCUCAGAAAACCCUCCAAAGGAUCUCGGCUACUUGUAUCUGUAUGAAAGGCUGUGA